CGCGCAUCAUAGUGCCUAUCCUCCCUUGCGGGUCCCUGAACCAUCACGUCGUGCAAAUUGCGUGGUCUUUGCGCACCGGCGCCGCUCAGAAUCACGGUGAUGUUCGUACCCGGAGGGUGACAGAUCGGAAUUAGAAUGCUCUCGUGUCUUGAAGAAGGGAGGCCUUGCGUUGGCGGCCUUGCUUGACUCCUAUAGCCUUUCUUGUGUCGAAAGCCUGUCUCUCUUCUCAUCACUUCCCUCCAGCUACGUUGUACUGAACUUCCAAGACAUGGCCAAGCAUAUACUGGUUACCGGUGCCACUGGCAAGCAGGGCGGAGCAGUCAUCGAUGCUCUAGCUAACAACCCUAACUUCAUCCUUCUUGCCCAGACUCGCAAUGCAAGUGGUAGCGGGGCACAGAAGCUCGAAGCAAAAGCCUCCAAUAUAAAGGUUGUCCAGGGUGACCAAGACGACGUCCCCGCACUCUUCCAAGCCGCCCAAGAAGUCGCCAAGGAGCCCAUUUGGGGUGUGUACAGUGUACAGAUCUCACAAGGCAAGGGUGUGACACACGAUGGCGAGAUCAAGCAAGGCAAGGCUAUGAUUGAUGAGGCUGUCAAGGCAGGUGUCAAGCAUUUUGUCUACAGCAGUGUCGAGCGCGGCGGUGAUGAGGAGAGUUGGAACAAUGGCACUCCUAUUCCGCAUUUCCAGUCAAAGUACGAAAUCGAGCAUCACCUGCGGGAUAAUGCUGGGCAGAUGGGCUGGACCAUCCUGAGACCUGUGGCUUUCAUGGACAACCUCCAGCCUGGCUUCCCGACCAAGGUAUUCAUGGCCGCAUUACGCGACACUCUUGGCCCCAAGCCGAACCAAUGGAUCGCGACAAAGGAUAUUGGCGUCUUUGCGAAGAUUGCUUUCGAGGACUCAGAGAAGUUCAAUCACAAGGCCAUGGGCUUGGCUGGCGACGAGCUCACUCAAGACCAGCUUAGCAAAGCUUUCCUGAACGCGACUGGCGAGGCGAUGGACGGAACUUUCUGGUUCUUGGGAAGCUUCCUCAAGUUCAUGGUCGCAGAGCUUGGGACCAUGAUCAACUGGUUCGGCAGCGAUGGAUACAAGGCCAACGUUCCCGAGCUGAGAAAGCUCCACCCAGGACUCAUGGACCUACAGACCUGGAUUGAGAAGGAGAGCAACUUCCCAAAGAAAGCGCAGGCGCCGCAGUAAUGCAUAUCACGUCGCCAUGCAUGCGAGGUGCUGAUGAUUUUCGUUCUACCACCACACGUGGCCGAUACCAGCCUGCUGAGGCAUUGUAGUAUUAUCUUGUAUCUUGGGCAGGCUGCUAAAUGUAUGCUAGAUAUACACUUCUUGGGGAAUCGGUAGGGACAAGCUAUCAUUGCAGCGCGGCGCUAUUGAUGCGUUCUCCGAGCAUCAUGCGCCUUCUCUAUACAUAGUACUUAGGCUCGUGAGGUCAAGGGCCUCAUUCAAGAAAAGAUUACCAAGUUCCACCUCUGUGA